UUAUCGUUCCCGCGAAAUUUACGAGGAUGGCUGGGAGAGACCGAAUAAGUGCGAAUCUUCCAUGGGUUGAAAAAUACAGACCAAAGCAGCUAGAUGAUCUGAUUUCACAUAAGGAUAUAAUUUCUACCAUUAACAAGUUUGUUGUGGAAGACAGACUGCCACAUCUGUUGUUCUAUGGUCCACCUGGGACUGGGAAAACAAGUACUAUUCUUGCAGUGGCAAAGCAGUUAUACUCUCCAAAAGAAUUUAACUCCAUGGUUUUGGAGCUCAAUGCAUCAGAUGACAGAGGAAUUGGUAUAGUGAGAGGGCAGAUCCUGAGUUUUGCAAGUACAAGAACGAUUUUUAAUUAUUGAAAAGUUUACAGAAAACACAAGGUUUUGUUUGAUCUGCAAUUAUCUGUCAAAGAUCAUUCCUGCACUGCAGUCCCGCUGCACCAGGUUUAGAUUUGGUCCUCUCACUCCUGAACAGAUGCUGCCAAGAUUGGAACAUGUCAUACAGGAGGAGAAAGUAAAUGUUUCUGAAGAUGGUCGCAAAGCUUUAGUAACAUUAGCAAAUGGUGACAUGAGGAAGGCUUUGAAUAUUCUGCAGAGUACUCACAUGGGCCAUGAAGAAGUGACAGAAGACAAUGUAUAUACAUGUGUUGGACAUCCUCUAAGGCAAGACAUUGAAAAUAUUGUCAAUUGGAUGCUGAAUGAAGACUUUACUACAGCUUACAAUAAUAUUUUAAAUUUGAAGACCUUGAAAGGGCUAGCUUUACAAGAUAUUUUAUUUGAAGUUCAUACCUAUGUACACAGAAUUGACUUUCCUAUUCAUGUGAGAAUACACCUUUUGGAGAAAAUGGCUGAUGUGGAGUUUCGCCUUACAUCUGGUACCAAUGAAAAGUUACAGCUGAGUUCUCUUAUUGCUGCAUUUCAAGUUGCUAGGGACUUAGUAGUGGAUGAAGCAAAAUAAAGUGAUCUAAUAGCCUAAAAAAUGAAAUAAGAUGAUAAAAAGGACAACUUGGGCCCAUUUAGUGAUACGAACAUUUUAACGUCACUGUACCUUUCUGACUGGAACUCUUGAACAGAGCUCUGAUAGUCAUAUGCCUAGUUGCUGGGGUAUUAACAAAGACUUCCUGGUAAUUUAACUUCAUUUAUGGAUGAAAUGGAAUUAUGGAACUCUAACAUUUCGAGCAAUAUUUCUUUAAUAAAGUUAAACGUGUAACAAAUGUCAACUUCUUUAUAAUGGAAAAAUAUAUGAACAAAUUUU